GCGGGCGGAGCGAGAGGAGGAGCCGUCGGCGGCCGGGGCGCCUUGUUGCUAUGGGGAGACGGCGAGGGAGGGGGCGGCGUCGCCGCUGCUGCUGCUGCGCAGGGCAAGGGAAGCCAGAGGCAGCGGCGGCGGCAGCAGCAGCAGCUGCUGAUUCCUGACACAUUUCCCCCCCUCGCUGCCAUAUUGCUGCCCCCUCCCCCUUUGCGCGAGCUUCAUGCGUACAGCCAAUAAGAUUAAAUGGGUCCAGUAACUGGAAUGACUCCAGACAAGAAAGCUGAAACGCCGGGGGCAGAGAAAUCCGCGGGGCUGCGGCACAUCCAAAGAAUGGGGAGCUUGCCGGAGGCGGUGGACGCGGCUCGGCCGAAGGCCACGGCUGUGGAUAGCGAACUGGCCGACGACGAGCUCACAAACUUGAACUGGCUUCACGAAAGCACGAACCUCCUAACAAACUUCAGCCUCGGAAGUGAGGGUCUUCCGGUGGUUAGCCCCCUGUAUGACAUCGAGGGCGACAGUGUGCCAUCCUACCCUUCUUCCUGCUACUCCAACCCCGAGAAGAAAUCUGCCACAUCGAAGCCCCCCUAUUCCUUUAGUCUCCUCAUCUAUAUGGCGAUAGAGCAUUCGCCCAGUAAGAGCUUGCCGGUGAAAGAAAUCUACAGCUGGAUCCUGGAGCGCUUCCCGUAUUUUGCCACAGCCCCCACCGGCUGGAAGAACUCGGUCCGGCAUAAUCUUUCCUUGAACAAGUGUUUCCGGAAGGUGGAGAGAAGCCACGGCAAGGUGAAUGGAAAAGGUUCUUUGUGGUGUGUGGACCCAGAAUAUAAACCGAACCUAAUACAAGCCCUGAAGAAGCAGCCUUUCCCCUCUGCCUUUUUUUAUACCCCACCAGCAUCACCACUGAGUGGUUCACCUUCUCCUCACUACUUAACCUCAGUUUUGAAACAGAAUCAGGGUCGAUCUAUCAAAGACUCUGAUAUUGAUGCUGCUACUGCCAUGAUGCUCUUGAAUACUUCCAUUGAAGAAGGCAUUUUAGAUUACUCUUUAUUUUCCUCAGGUAAGAAGCCGCAGCCUCUCAAGCUGUCCAAGAAAAGGAAUUACGUCAGCACGUUCCAAAGCCACGGCAAGGCAAGUCCCGGGGGGAGCCAUUUCCCCGUCCCCAACAUUGACCCCAACGAGGACCACAACUACAGUGCCAGCAGCGUGGCCUCGCAGCGCUGCGUGUCGCCCUCGAGUGUGUCUUCCCUGUCGUCCGUCGACGAGGUCUACGAGUUUGUCUCCGAGGCCAGCCGGGUGGGGAGCGAGGGCAGCGAAGGGUUCCACAGCGAGGUGGACACGGACGGAGACGACCGCGAAGAGGACGACGACGACCCCCUGGCCGAUAGCGGCUACACCUCGCAGCCGUGCCUCGCCGCCUCGGACAAGGCCCAGCCUCGCAAGAAAGCCCUGGAGGAGCUCUGCCUCGAAAUCGACGAGGAACUGAAAGAGGCGGCCGGGUCUCUGCUUCAUCUAGCCGGGAUUAGCCCCUGUCUAGGCUCCCUCAUAAGUACUGCAAAGACCCAUAGCCAGAAACGAAGGAGAAGGAAUGACGUCACAGCCUGAGAAGUGUGUUUGGGGACGGGGGGGGGGGAGGGAGAAGAUACGUCUAUCAAUAGAGAUAAAUGCAUAUUUUAUUUUUUAGCGUGGCAAUACUCCUCUACUUUUUACCCUUCACAAGGGAGAUCAAAGCCAUAAAAGGACUUUUUGUUCAUGUAUUUUUAUUUUCACAGAUUCUAGUUUUGCAAUUUGUUUCUUUUUCUAAUUGCAAAAGCGGUGGUUUUGAAGCAUUGAAGAGCGGAUUACAAUUGUGCAAAACAGGUGGGGCAGGGGCAAAACCAACCAACCAACACAGCAGUUCCUUCCCCCUGAUAAUUUUAGCAAAGUUGAAUAUUUGAGUUUAUUGGAGGAGUGGGUGCCAUUAUCUCUGUCAUCUCAUACCUUGAACGUCUCUUUGGGUUUGGAACCUGGGGGCUUCAUUUGACCUGUCUGAGUUCAUAGGGCUCUGCGCAGAGAACAGGGCAGCCAACCAAAUGUUGGGAGCUGGACUGCAGCUCCCUUCUGCCCUCCCCAUUGGCUGUGCUGGCAGGGGUUGAUGGGAGUUGUAGUCCAACAGCAUCUAGAGGGCCACACAUGCGCCAUUUCCUCCAAUGGGAGUGUAGAAUUGUGCCUUGCUUCCUGGCGCACCUGUUCCGCAGCGAGACCUGGUGUUUGUAUGUUAGGCGCAUAAAACCCAAUGUGUAGCCGGUCUUUCUCUAAUUUUUAGGGGAGAGGGUGGAGUGGAUGCAGUGCCUGCAUUGAACUCUACACAUGUAGUUCUCAGCCUGCAUAAUUUUUGGCCCUCAAAGAUCAGUCGGUGGAGAUCAAGCGGGAAAAGGCUACAUGGACUGUCUCCUGUUCCAGAUUGACAUGCAAUUCACAAAUCCCAGGUGGGACUGAAAGUGGAGGGAGGUGCAUUGGGAGCAGGAGAAUAAGCAGGCGCAAUCCUGCCCCCUCUCUCUGUGCCCACGGGCUCCUACCUCUCUUGGUUCUAGACCAGGGGUAGUCAACAUGGUGCUCUUCCAGUUUUGGACAACAUCUUCCACCCUUCUUGAUCAAAGUCCAUGCUGGUUGGGGCUGAUGGGACUUGGGAGUCCAGCAAGAAUGGAAGGGCAUGGAGUUGACUAUCCCUGAGCUGGUUCUGACACCUUCACGUGUUCUGAUUUAAGUAUUUGCAAAUGCAGGAUAAGGUCUACCAGCUUUCAGCUUGGCUUCCGUUGUUGCGUAAUUGUCUCAUGUGCAAGCCGAGGGUCUGGAAAAACCUGAAUACUAGACAACUGCCAUCGUGGGCCAGUUACCGAUUGACUGAUGACUGCAAUAACACAGGGAGGGUGUUGGGAAUGCAACAUGUAAACGUGGAUGUUUUUGAGACUCUUGAAGGGUUUAUCUCCACUCUUAUCCUCACCUUCCUUGGAACAGCACAAAGUAAGGAGCUGGUUCCUUUUCUUUUCUUUCUUUCUUUCUUUCUUUCUUUCUUUCUUUCUUUCUUUCUUUCUUUCUUUCUUAUAGUUAUUAUAUUUUAGAUCUUCAGCACACACUUUAUUAGCAAACCCAAUGUUCUUUUGGUCUCGAUAUCCAGAUUGAGUGAAAAAUGUUGACUGCUAAAAUUAUAAAUGGCUGUUGCACAGAGAACUUGUAGUUACAUGUUCAGGUGAAGCAUAAUGAAAUGGGUUUCUUUCUUUUCUUUUUAAGGUUACGGUGGUUGAUACUGGCCUACUUCUCACUGAGGAGAAAAGCUUGUUCUGGACUGUACCAUUUUAGGCUACAGGUGAGGGCACACACAAUUGGUUACUGUUCUGCGUGAAGCAGAAAACCUCAAAUAGAAAACUAGGUGUCCAGGGGAAGGACUCUAGUCUGGCUUUCUUCCCGACAUCGAGUUCUUUUAAAUGUAAAAAUCAUUCAAAUCGCGGUGCAGCUUUACACUGUGUGAGCCCCCACCUGCAGUCAGAAGCAGAACCGUACAAACAGAGCUGGCAGCCUCAAUGAGGACUAGGUUCUUGAAUGCAUUCUUACUCCACUUGGAAAACCGGCCUUUUUUCCUUCUCUUCUACUGUGUGCUUCAGUUUUGCACUGUAUUAACCUAGCAUCCCUCAAGAAGACAGUAUAUAAUACGCAGCCUUAAAGGGCACCAUUUUCUAAACGUGUGUGCGCGCAGGGUCACGCUCCCUCCUUAAGACUCUGAGAGGAGCUUAGGAAACGCCUGCGGUUGAUGGUUAGCCGUCCGUCCCAUCUUCCUUGGGGAGCAGUGACCGUUGGAGCGAAAUCCUGGCUCCUGUUAAAAUCAGCGGGAAUUUUGCCAUGGUUCGUGCAGCCAGAACGGCACCUUUCUUUUUAUCCGUUAUCGCAGCAAUAAUAUCCCCUCCCUUGUCAAGUGUCAAGGAAGCCCAAGAGCUCUGUGCUUGCUCUUCCGCCAACACAGUAUUCUAGCGCGUGCUUAAAAUGUAAUGUGGGAAUGGUAAAGAUGCGCCUGUGAAGGUCCAGAGACCUUCCAUCUUCUGACACAGCCCUUUCUGUGCGAUGACGUAUGCCUCGUGCAUGCACUUCCACGGGAAACCUUUGUGUAUUUUACCAUUCCCACGAACCAUAACACAGGAUGUUUGUGUCCUCCUGGGUCUUCUGUGGUGGCUGCUGUGUUGUUUGGCUGCUGUUAGGCAGCUGGAGGCAUCGUUGCCUGAAUGGUGCGGCCCGUCUGCCAUCCAGGUGUGUAGUCCAGCCUAGACCUUUUGCUGUUCCUGGCUCUUGUAAUGAUGAGUUUUGGAGAUGGAGGGAAGGACCCACAUGUAUCACCGAGGGGGGUGGGAUGGAUCCUGCACCCAUGUCCUGUUGGGAAAUGGCCCUGACUGGAGUGAAAUGGUAGUCUGGGAAGUGGAUUGUCACGGUGCCACUGGAAAGAUCUCCCAUGUCAGUCCCAUCUGAGUCUCUCCAGGGAGCCACAGCCAAGCUCUUACCCCACUCCUGUUCCUUUCGGUGGAUGCUUGUGCAGGAAACAUUUCCGCGAAGUUCGCCCUGUGGUUCCGAGAACCCCUUGAGCGUUCUUUUGCAACGAUCAAAGCAUUAGCGUAGCUCAUUCUGCCUGGCAUGGAAGGUCAGCUUGAAGUGCCAUUUUUUAAUUUGUUUCCCCUGUUUCCGAGUGUUGAGCAGUCACGAGCGGCUGGUUAAGCAAACCUCGCCUCCCCAUUAGCAAAAUGCUUCCAGGUUGGCAGAGAACGAAGGCGGGAAGCUAAACUUCUAUUAAUGGUGCAGAGCUUCUCUGGUGACUAAGCCAGAGGUGGUCAAGAUUUCACUGCCUCUUCAUGAACGCAAGCCGCCUUAUACACCCGGUAUAAACUCUGCCAGCUUAAUAAUUCUUGAAACCAUUCUGCAGAUACACACACGCCCCAUCCCUCACGCCUUCCGUAUGUCUUGGGCUACCAGUUCCAUUGCUCCUGACCAUUGGCCAUAUUGGGUGUGACUGAUGGGAACUGGAGCUCAGCAAGAUCCAGAAAGCAUCCCAUUGGCUACCCUUGCUGUGGACUUUCAAUGCCUUGGGCUGGGAUCCAGUGAACCCAAACCAGGCUUUCUCCCAGCUCUGGACCUUGACGUGGUUUGCUGGAUCCCAACUACUCUCAACUGCAUAAUCUGGUCAAGAGAUUCUCCCAGUGUAGGCCUUACGAUUGCAAGGAUUUAUGUAGCAUUCCACCCCCUCCCGGAAUUUCAGAGGAAAUCUUUCGUUCAAAUGGUAGUAAACUGUAAAUGGCUCUUGCUCUGUAAUCAUGUUGCUAGUUUCUAGACAAAAAAAAAAGUCUCUAAUGCAUGGGUGUUUGCACGCUCUCACCUGUUUGUACACCACUUUCUCUGAUGUAAAAGUCUAUAAACGCCAAUGGUGCCCAUCGUGUAUGUUGCCUGCUGCUUCUCUUCUCCCCAGAGGUUCUGAUGGAUUGGCCAAAACAACCUUCUUGCCGAAAGCCCCUCUAGAGCCCUUUCCUGUGUCACUGUUUUGCUUCCCAGAACUUCACGGCAACAAGUCAAACAUGGGAAGGGUUUACAAGUGGGUCUACCUGCAAGUCAGACAUGAUGCUUUGUGGUUUAUUUCCAAGAAAAAGUUUAUAGGUUUUAAAAAGAAAUUGAAUACUCUCAAAGGACAUCUUUAAGAGAUCCACUAGAACAAAAGAAAACAGAAGCCUGGCUUGGUAAGCCUCUGGUGGAGGAGUCAACAUGGUGAUCUCUAGGUGUUUAAAACCACAGCUCACACCACCCCUGGCUAUUGGCCAGACAUUUAGAGGGUACCACAUUGACUGCGUACAGCCCAUGGGUUAAAAUCCUUUAAAUUUAAAAGUUCUUAUUUGCUGUACAAAGAGGGUGUUCAGUGGACCUCUUUGUGCAGGCUGUUCUUAAGGUUGUGGUGCCACGACAGAAAAGGCUCUGCUCUACGUUUCGCUAGAUCUCACCUCCAUAAAACAACACCCAGAGUGGAAUACUGCCUGCUGGUCUUGGGGUGGUUUAUAUGGGGGGAGGUCUUCCAGCAGAUAUGCUGAGCCGAGGCUGCUUGAAGACUCUGACUGCCAUGUUUUCAAGGGCGCCCACAGGUCAUUUUGAAUAUUGGCUGUUGAAGAUUUUAACAGAAUGGAAACUAAAACAAUUGGGAGCAGUUGAACAAUACCCACAAAACUACUAUCAUAGCAGCUUGGGGAUCAGUUUGUGUGUCAUUAGGUGGGAUUAAUUUGCAAAAUAUUUUUCAUUCAAUAGAAACUACCGAAGCUGUAGAUUUGGCAGAAAUGCAGAGAAAGAAAGGGGCCAAUAGAUGCUCAUGUCUGAACUUGCGAAUGGCUCUAGAUGGACACCCUUCCCAUGUCAUGGCUUUUGCUGCAGGUGUGACUUGUAAGCCCACCUCCUUAAGUGAAAAAACGAUGUCCUACUAAGUGGUCUUGAGCACCUGCCGCAUGGGGGUUGAAUGUGAACUCAUUGCAAAUGGACAAGCUUGUAAAUUAAGUGCAAAUGCACAUCUUUAAAUUCCUGUAUGUCGUAUGUGCUGAAAAGAGGUGUCCCUCCCAUUAACAUUCGUCCAAAAUAAGUGUUCAAUAACUUACGUGGUGUGGAAUUUGUUUUUGUACUAAUACAGAUAACGAUAGGGCUGGAUUUUAUUUAUUUUUUAAAUAAUAAAAAGGACGUGUUUCUUUCAUUCUUGUGUAUCUUUUGAAAGCCGGCAAGAACUAAACUCAAUUCCGGCUAAAAUUGACCAGAUUUCCAAAUGAGGCUCCUUUCCCCCCCAGAACUUGUUGGAUCAGUCUUGUUGUCUUACACCUGACCUGUUCCGUCGGCCAUUUUGCUCUUCUUCCCUUAACCUCUGCCUCCCUGCCUGCCAGACACUGGUGUGUGCAGAAUUGUCCCCCUGCGUCCUCCCUCUUUAUUAGUGAAGUAUCUAGUGUCACUUUUGUGCCGGGAAAUGUGCUGUACUUGUUAGCCGUUUCAUUAAUUAGGUUUUCUUGAUUUUCCACGGACAAAGGCAGAGCAAUAACACGGGAACAUGGCCCCGUGGCGUGGGAACAAAAGUAGGAGGAACAAAACCUCCGCUGUGAGUCCGAAUUAAAGGGCUGAAACUAGUGGCAGUGUAAUGACGUUGUCGCCUGGUGCUUGGGAUCUGAUGGGGUGCAUUUGGAUGACCCUGUAUGCCAUAGACCAUGUUUUACCGCGGUCAAGCAGUGGACUAGUGCAGGCUCCCCAAUUUUGUUCCGCCGUGUUGCUUACUGUGUGGUGUCUGAACUGGUGCUUCGGGUUUGUUUCUCUCCAAACAAACCAUUGCUUGAAGCCAAGGUCUGCUCUUGUCUUCCUGGUAGCGUCUUGUUUGGGAGUAUGAAACAGUGGGCGCUGGUGCAGACGCCAUGGGAUGCCAAGGCCCAGGGUUGCCUGAGCUAGUGGAAGAGUGUAGCAGCAAGGAACUGGGAGUCUGUCCCAGCACUCUGCUCACUCACGGUAAGCCAUGGUCCACCUGAAUGCUGCCCCUGGAAGGAUGGAAUUCUGCAUUCCAUCACUUCAACCAUUGUCAUCUAACCUACAGGUGGGAAGUAGUGGGGGUUUUUUGCUUUUGUUCGCGUUAAAACCAUCACCGCUCCCUGCAUGUAGAAACUCAGCACCUUAGAGGGAGGUUUCGUACAACUCUCUUUCUGAUAAUGCUAUGCGCACAAAUCUUUUUUCAUUUGGUGGGUGGGUGGAGUUGGAAAAAAAAAAUCACAGACACACAACUCCCGAAUUUUGAAUGGCUCUGCCUGGAGUUUUACAUCCUUAUUAGAACAAUUUGGAGACUGCGUGGUAACAGGUGAAGAGUUGAUCCCUUUCCCUAAUGCAUUGUGGGAAAAGUUCAGGGAAGGGAACUGCCACACUCGCAUUCCCAGGGUGGCCAGAAUUCACCCCUCCGAUUCCCACAUCAGCUUGUACACAACAGCUCUGCCAUCCUGGGGCAAACAUGUGGUGUGAGCAAGUAUUUGCUCCCCAAUUUUUCAGCAUUGGGGGGUCCGUGAACCCUGUCGGUCUGCUACCGUAGUUCGGAUUAUGUGCUUUUCCUUCGUGGGCUUUCAACCUGUGUGUCUUCCUAUGGCAAGACUCCACGCAGACUUCUGUUCCAGCAAACAGAGAAAAGUUUCCAGGAUUUCUCUAUCUCAGCCCUUCCCCAUCUCACUUUUCUGUGGCAAAGUCCUUGAUUUCUUUGCAUCCGGUUAGCUCUGGCGUAGCGGGGAAAUACCCAAGGAUGUCUGGCGUUUCUGUACAUACAUCCCUUCCUUGAAAAUUUCCUCCUUCCCUGCAGGUCUGGGACUUUGACCCUCUGCUGUUCCCAACAACACAGGUUAGGAUGGCCACAAGGCAGAAUCAAACAUUGAUAGAGAAGUAUUAACGCAGGUCCCUCACUCAUGAUAGUGGCAGGUUGCAUACCUGUGCAUUUGCAAGUGCUGCUGACUUUGCUAUCCAGGGCAUGAAACGAAGGGCAGUUGUUCUCUAAAUGCACCUUGAAAGGAUGUUAAUGCCUUUUUAAUUGUUCAGUGGUGCUUCUCCUUUCUCUUCCUUAUUUUGGCCUUUCCUGCCUAUUAAAAGGCGCCGGUUUGCAUACUGCCAGCGGCAGAGUGCCUCUGCACCUACUUUUUCUCUUCCAAGAAUAGCUGAGUCCCAGGUUGCACCUGGAUUUACAAGCCUUCGUUUUGCCAACACGACAUGCCCUUUUAAUAUAAGUUGUUUUGAAUGAGAAUUAAUUGGUGACUUCAGAAGAAGUAACGUGGAACAGUCCUCCUUAGACUAUACCGCUUUAGAGUGCAGAUGUGUGUGCGUGUGUGAAUCGGGCACAUAGAAAACCAGCUUGUCUGUGAGAAGGCUAGGCUAGAACCUUUAUCCUUGACAUGUGAGCCUUCUGCCUGCAGGGAGUUUGUGCAGAAGUCAUUAAUAAAUCCUGCCGCCCCCACCCCUUAUGUUCUGCAGUGCAAUUCCUGGAUGACUGUGCCAUAUACUAUUUUCUGUCCAUGUAGCUCAGCUUUUAAUUACCCUUGAUUAUUUUUUAUUGUUGCUAUUGUUGUCGUUGUUGUUAUUGCUCAGUUCUUAAAACAGGCUAAUCUAGUCCUAUCAAGUCAAAAGGAUGAACGAAACCUUUUUGUUGUUGUUGUUGCCACUAUAAGGGUAGGAGCAGGUAGAUCUCGUGGUUCAGCAAUUGCAGGAUCUCUUUGGAGAAAAGAGCUGCUACCCGUUGGAGACGCGAAAGCGUUGACAGUGACGGUGGCAGUAUUCAUGAAGAUAUACGUUGAUGGUGUGUUAGGCCGAAAGGAGCCUCCCAAUUUCAGUUUCUCCCAUGCAAUGUGUGGGACCACCCACCCUUCUGUUGAACUCCACUGCCUUGUUGCCACUGGUCAGGAAAUUUGUGUGGCAUAAUGAUUUGGGGGUGAGGAGGAGCUGCCCUAUGCAUUGUAGGGAGAGAAACGGAGGACACAGGCAAUGCCAUUGGCCGUAGCAAUUCCGUGCCAAGUGUUCAAGUAUAGUUCUGAUGUUCGUGAGGUUUUGAGGGUUUCGGGUUGCUUUUCUUUUUGCUCUUUCCUUCAUGCUUUUUAAACUUUGUAAAUGAGUUGAAAUCAGCAGCAGCAGGGGGGAGAUGUUAAACGUAGCUUCCUCAAGCGCUAAAGAUUGCCCUGGAGAGGUUUCUGGAAGAGGGUCGCCCCUACUUGAGAUAACAACUGCCGGCUGUGCUGUGCAAAUCUUUAGCUCUUUCAUAUUCCAGUGCUUAAAUUAUAGCUUCCAGGAGAAUUGCAGGCAAUCCUUUCUAGAGGGGAAAAAAGCCCAACUUUUUGAACUUGUAUGGUUUUUGCAGCUUCUUUGUUUGGCUAAAUCAAGCGCUUUGGUUAAAGCAAAGGAUGCCCCGCCAUGCUAAUAAUGGUGUAGUCAAAAUAUUUAUUGAAAAAGAAGAGUAGAGUAUUUUUAAAAAUAUUGUACCUGCCAUUUAUUGGGGGGGGGGGAUCGCAUUCUCCACAGCUUAACUGCCAGUGCCAAUAAAAGGUCUGUUUUUAGAAAUGUACAUUUCCCCCCAGACUUAAAGUGCAUAAUUUAAAAAGUAUUAUGUUGCCAUCUUACAGUGAUAUAUGAAACCAUUUACAAUUGCCAAUUCAUUGUAACUAUUAUUUAUUGAAGAGGUGGAAAUUGUACGAAUGCUUUCGGAUCAAAGUAACUGGAGUUCUUUCUAAUGAUCCCCGUUUGCCUGUUUUCUUAGAAUUUACUUAGAAUAAAACUCUGCCAGUAGAUAAAAACACCAUUCUAACCCCUUUAUACCUUGAGCCCAGUUGAGUAGCUUGCCUGGUUUAAAGACAAUUUUACAGAUAUUUUAGUUUUUGUAUGCUAACCUCUAUUAAUUGAAAUGUUUAUGGAGUUUAUUUUUACCAAAGAGAUGCAAUUCAUUAUGAUAAAAGUAUUUCAAAAUAAACUUUGUUUUAUAACA